CUGUGCGUAUCUGCCUGUUUAUAUUGGUUACAGCGCUCUCAGCAGCACACCUAUAAGCAUCCAAUAUGGAAGUCUGCAGUUGGCGGGUCGAGUUCCAUAUGGGUGCGUUCACGGGGAUCACUCUGAGCCGAGUCUGCACUGCAUGAUCUCCGUGAACGCCUGUCUGUGGUCGAAACCACACUGCACCGCACAAUACUUGCAAACGGAAGUUACGUUGUUAUAUAGGAGACAAUUAGCAAGUCACUAGUGAAGUUUUUAAACAUGGUGGAAGCCUGGUAUAUGGACGAUUCUUCCGAGGACCAGAGAACUCCACAUAGACUGGAGCCAAACAAGUCCGUUUCUUUGCAAGAAUUAGAAAAACUUGGGGUUUCGUAUUGGAAGUUAGAUGCUGACAAUUACAAGACGGACCCAAAACUGGCAAAGAUACGUGAAGAGAGAGGCUAUUCCUAUGAGGAUAUAAUAGCAAUACACAAGGACACCCUCCCAAAUUAUGAAGAAAAGUUAAAAAUCUUUUACACGGAACACCUGCACACGGAUGAUGAAAUCAGAUACAUUUUGGAUGGAAGUGGCUACUUCGAUGUGAGGGCCAAAGAUGAGAAGUGGAUCCGAAUUGCCAUGGAGAAGGGGGAUAUGAUAACUCUGCCUGCUGGAAUCUACCACCGCUUCACACUGGAUCAAAAUAACUACACAAAAGCAAUGAGAUUCUUUGUUGGGGAACCUGUUUGGACAGCACACAACCGUCCAGCUGAUCAUUUUGACUGUCGGAAGGAGUAUCUUAAUAAAAUUGCCACUGUUGUGGCCCCUUAGCAUAUGCUACUGCCUUCUUAGUAUUCACGAUAACCUUAAAAUUAAAGCAGGUUGCAUUGGUCAGAAUAUAUAUGAAGCUUUAUUAAAUCUCGUUUUAAUAUUUGUCUUGUGAAUGGUUAAAACACUAUCCCGUGACACUGUAGUCUGUACUAUAACUGCUGAAGUUCUUAAAGUGAGUGUUUAUAGGCGUGGAAGUUUAACACAGCAGAGCGUACCUGCUUAAUAUUCCUGUUACUUUGAUUCAUUUCUUUAGGCUUUAUAUGUCAUUUUAUCAUUAAAAGGAUUUUAAGAAUCUCUCCUCAUAAAAUAUAAACAAUACACCUCUGGAUUAAUCAUGGCAGUGUGUGUCAUAGCAUAACGUUUUGCUGACCGCAAGGAGAGGUUGUGUUGUUUUAUUCAUUGGUUUGUUCCACCACUGACAUCUGAUCAAACCAUUUUUAAACUUAAACUUAGUCAGCAGGUGGCACUCAGCAAACCGGUUCAAAAAACAUCGCGGAGCCAGCAGAUACGCCAAUAUCAAAGGGUGGAGAAUAGAUACCUUAGGUAUGGAGACACAACUCUGGACCUUUUAGUGGAUGCGGAGACUGCUAAUCUGAGCUGAGUAUGUAGUCUAUUGACAUCUUCCAGAGUUAUAUAUAUAUAUAUAUAUAUUUUUUUUAAAUAAAAUGCCAGCCUUCCAGCAAUACAAAUCCUGUCAUGCACUAGUGUUUUUUUUUUUUUUUUUUUUUUUACUAUAAACCUAAUCUCGUACAUAUUUGUAAACUAUAAUAUAUGCUGUAAACUACUAGGUUUAAAUGAUAUAAUGUCUCUUUAAAAAUAAAGUUGAAAUACUGCCUCCUUGUGGUUCUGAUUCAUCCAGUAUGAUGGGAGAUAUGUAUACAUAUCAGUACAGGACAACUUGUAUACUGUUGUUCAUUUUAGAACUAAAGCUGCCUUUACAUACUUUAACAAUGACAUUUUAUUUCUGGGGUAAAAAUGUAUUGUAAAUAGACUUAAAAUUUACAUCUUUUUUCCUUGGAGACGAGCUGGGGGAACUUGUCGCUUCACAUUUUGUGGUGAGGAGAUCAUAGUUCCUCUUACACAGUACAUACUUGUAAGUUCAUCACAAUAUUUGUUUUGCAGUCAAUUUUGAAUAGUAUGACUGUGGGUAUAUAGAUGGUUUAGGGCACUUCAGAGGAUGCAGCAUUGAUGCACAACUACGUGUUUGUUUUGUAGACUAAGUGUUGAGAAUUUUUUUUUACUAUAUUGUGGCUCUAUUCAAGUUUUAAUAAUAAAGUAGUGUAUUUGAACAUAGUUGUCUUAAUCAUUUGUAGGUAAGAAAUAAUAUUGAUUACGUAUGUGGCAAUGAGUUUCAGCGGCAUUUAUCAUUCACUUUCACAUCAGUUAACUUGCUCAUGUUUCAAUAUCAGUUCUAGUCUGAGAUCCCAUCUCUAUAACCAGAAGUACCAGUAGAUCAAAGUGUUCUUCAUUUUCUUUGCAGCUGUAUAGUUUUACAAGCCCUGCGUUUGUUCCAAGUGAGUUUUGGUGUAGUAGAUCUGGCAAUGUAACGACUGCUGGGGGGUGCUCUCCAGGAUACUCUAUCCAUGUUUAACCUGAUUUAGUGUAAAAUCCUCCCUUUAAUUGCAUUGGAAAGACCUCACACAUCAACUAAGCAAACUACUAAACUAGUUGUCAGGUGAUUCUCCUCCCCAAGGCCAAGUAGUAAUAAUAAUAACUUUGAUUUAAAUGUAGCACCAUUCACAUCAGUGCUCCAAGGCGAUGCACAAUCAAGAUGUCCAAGACGCAAAUUAAUUUAUAAACUUAAAUACAAACAAGA